UAAGUUUCUGAAAAAUAUAUAUAAUAUCGCGUUAAAAUAUUAUUUUUCCGCUAUUACCAUUCCAGUAUUCAACAAGUGUUUUCCCUAUCCACGUGCUUUCGUGCCAUUAUUUAAACGGAUUUUUAUAAUUUAAUAAAAUAAAACUCGUCACUUUUGGUCAAAUUGUUUCUUCUCCAAAGAGGAAAUAAUUUAAUUAAAAUUUUAUUUUCUCUCCCAUUUCUUUAUUUAAAGGUUCAUUUUUGAUCUAAUUUUUCUUUUCUUUUCUGUAUGAUAUUUGAUCAAUAGUGAAGAGUAAAAAAAAAAAAUUAGCCAGUGUUUUCUAAAAUUAUAUAAAAAAAAAGUGUAAAUUCCAAUUGAAAUUGUUUGAUAAAUCUCUCGAGGAUCUUUGGAAAAAUCGAUCAAUGGCGGAUAAUAUAAUUCUUCAAUAUUAAUUAUAGGUAAAUCUUCCUCAAGAGUUCAGUAAACUUGUAGUCACGGUGACGUGGCUGUGAGCGCCGCAUAAAGGGGCUUAAUGGAGAAAUGACUUAUUUCCAGCCGUAACCCGAACACCAACCCCGGUAUAGAUGUUUACGGGGUGAUGGAUAGCAGGCGCACGUGACUGGUCACGUGGAUGAGAAGCGAUCAGAGAAAUCGUGGAACGGCUUGAUCGUGAACGAUCUUCUCCGCCAGUUUUCCUUCGCAUUUAUGUGGAAGGAGGAGGAGGAGAAUUUGAUGCGUGACUUAUGCCGCAUCAAAGAGGAUUAAGAGAAAUUUCUGUUCGAUUUAUCGCUGGAUUAAAACCGUUGUGAUUCAUAUAUAACAAUCGAAUAAGGACGCACGUGUUUUUCCCAACAAGUUGAAGAUUUAUGAUUUUCAGGAUCCAAGUAUAAUUUUUUCUCUCGUCAUGAGGAAAAGUUUCGUUACGAGCUGACACAGAACCGUUUAGAGCUACGGAAAGUUCUAUUAGAAGGAAGAAGCGCAGGAUGUCCGACGAGGUGCGCGCGCAGCCCUUAGACACGACGAUAUACGGUGGUAACAUAAUGCAGCCUGACGAGGAGAUUCAGUACGCGCCAAGGAGCCGUCCUGUUAGCUUUUAUGACAACUUUAAGGACGUGCCAAUGGUGACACCUUGCGUGACUUCCGCACUAAGUGCUGACAAUUUGAAUCAAAUUCGGGACAAUGGUAUUAAUUCGUCGAUGGCCAUGGCCAAUAACAAUAACAAUAAUCGUGUGAAUAGUGCAGUGAGCGCUGGUAACGUGACAAAGAUCCAAAAUCCCAAAGUCACAGGUGCAGUGUCGACGGGGAACAUAGGGAAAAUUUGUCGACUCGAGAAGGAGAAGGAGUUAGGUCGGGCCCCGUCAAUGGCCAAUUGUUUGUCAACCACGGUUCCCGUUAAUCUGGCUGCGUCUCAAAUUGCUGGCCGUCACACGCCCACGAGGAAUUCCCUUAGGCACAGCAGGAUGAUCGUACUGCAUCGAAGCGGCCAUCGACCACAGAAAUUUCUGCCACCGUUAGUUUAUCAUUGGCGGUUGGGACGAUGUUUGGCAGCGUUACAAACGAUCCUCGGCGUCGCGAUUACCGUUUUAUCAUUAUGGUUACUCCUUUGGGCACCUCAUUUGCCAAUCACGGACAAUCCUUAUUGGAGUGGAAUGCCGUUAUUACUUUCCGGUAGUUUUGGUAUCUGCCUGCUGUGCUGUUUCAAGAAGGAAUAUCCUGGUAUGAGCCCUGGAUUCUGUCUCACUUCGACCAAGGUAACCAGCGUAUUUUUAGCUAUUCUAGCAACAGUGACAUGCUCCAUCGCUUGCGUAUUCUCUGCCAUACACCUGGCGCGUUUAAUGGGCCUGGAAUGCAACCCGGCACGCGUGCUGAAUGCUACCUGCGUGUGCAAGCCCCGCGAGACCGCGUCAAACUCCACCGAGACGGCAGUCAGAUACAUUGACCUGAACUGUCCCGAAGUCGAGAGUAUCCUGACCAUUCUUCUCAUUUUCUCCUCCACCUGCAACGCGCUUGGAGCCGUGGUAACCGGCUGGUACACUUAUUUACAUUGGAGCACCAGGAACAAGAGGCCGAAGUACAUGCAGGUCAGGACGAAUCCGAUCAGUGGGAACAAUUAUCUGAGCGGAAGGCCGAUAUACAAUCCAAAUUUGAGCGAACGAUGACAAUCUUUAGACGAGGCUGUUGAUCGCAACGAUAUCUCGUAUCUUCGUUAUUCCUCGUUAACAACGAUGGACGAUGGAAUGUUUUAAUGACAGAGUUUCUCUAUGGAACUGGAACUUUCUUUUUUGAUAAUGGAUUUCUUUCUUUUUUUUUUUUAAAUGUAAAAGAUUAUUAAUUGUAAGAGGAUCGACGACAAAGCGUUUAUUUAUGAGAGAUAUCAGAAACGAGAUAUUGAAAUAUACGUGUGAACUAGUCUGAGGAGAAUAACGAGAAUUAGAUGAUAGAUCUGUGCGUGAUUUUUGAAUGAUUAUUUAUGAGAGUUGUCAUUUGCUUGUCAUUGGUACAAAAAGCAGGGUAGUAUUUCUUCUUUUAAAUGCAGAGAUCAAGACAGAAUAGGAUAAAAAGAUCGUACAAUUUUACCAAUCUUAAUGUGUUCUUGAUGAUAUUUAUUACGUUAAAAAUAAAAAAGCGUAUCAAGCGAUAAAUUUUUAAUAAAUAAUGUUGAAACGUGACUCUAUUUUCAGUGACAUUCAUCAGUGAUAUGGAUAAUAAGCAAUAAUAAAUUUUGAAAGAAUGGAAACAACAAAAUAUUACUGUAUGAAUGUAUAUGUACACAUAUCAUUAAUAUAUAUAUAUACGAUUAAUUUUAACAAAAAGUUUUUUUUCCAAUGAUAGAAACAUAUUUUUUUAAGGGGAAAAAUGCGUCAAUUUCUAUAAUAUUGUAAUAAUUAAUACGAUAACGGGUCAUUCCAUGCGUGAUUAAUCUCCGUAUGGAUCGUCAGUAUUUUAGAUGUAAUUAGCAAUUAUAAUUGAAUGUAAAUUGAUUGUGUUUCGUGUAUGUGUUUCGUACGUGUAUGUUUCGUGACCGUAAACAAUAAGUAAAGUUGCACACAAGAAUGAAUGGAACGCUUUUAACUUCUCUAACUUUAAACGUUAUCGAUUUUAUACCUCAUCUCGAAUACGUGUAUUUUAAGAAAUUUUAAUCUUUUUUUUUUUUAGAAUCGUUCAAAUCUGUAAAGAAGAUCUUUUUUUGUCAUAAAUGGAUAAAUAAAUUAAUUAUAGUUUUAUUAGAUAAUAUAA